AUGAGUAAGCAACUGAAACAAGACUAUCAAAUCUGCGACGAGAUCGGCCGGGGACGAUUCGGCGUCGUUUCCAAGGCCUUCAAGAACGGCGACGUCUUUGCCGUCAAGUCGGUCGAGAAGCGCCUGGCCUCCGGCGACUCGCUCGACGCGCGGUGUCUUCUAACGGAGCCGAAGAUCCUCCGGCUUGUUUCUCCCCACCCCAACGUUAUUGGCCUUCACGGGCUUUAUGAGGAUGAGGACCAUCUCCAUAUGGUCCUCGACAUGUGUGACGCACCAGAUCUAUUCCGACGCGUCACACUUAGGAUUUUCGCCGAGCCGGAGGCUGCCUCGGUCAUGUCGCAGCUCAUGCAGGCCGUUGCGCACUGUCACCAGCUCGGCGUGGCUCACCGAGAUAUUAAGCCGGACAACAUCCUGUUCGACGGCUGGGACCGGCUCCGUCUCGCUGACUUCGGAUCGGCGGAGACGUUUGGCGAGGGGGAGCUGAUGAGCGGAGUCGUUGGGACACCGUACUAUGUGGCGCCGGAGGUUCUUGCCGGGAGGGAGUAUGGGGAGAAGGUGGACGUCUGGAGCGCCGGGGUUGUUUUGUACAUAAUGCUUGCUGGUUUCCCUCCUUUUUACGGCGAGUCUUCGGCUGAGAUCUUUGGGGCAGUGCAGAGGGCCAAUUUGAGGUUUCCGGCUAGGGUUUUUCACUCCGUCUCGCCGUCGGUGAAGGAGUUGCUGAGGAGGAUGCUCUGUAAAGAUGUUUCUAGAAGAUUCUCGGCUGAGCAAGUUCUCAGACACCCAUGGAUUACAAGUGGAGGAGGGGCCACAGCUGUGACUGAUCAUUAA